AUGUCUGUCGGUCCAAGUGCUUUUGGAUUGAUGAAGCAGAAAAUGGGUGGAAAGUUUGUUUUUGAAGGGAAAUUCCCUUUAAUAAGAUUUGGAAUUUUUGCUGAAGAUAGUGAUCAAUCAGAUUCAGAAAAUCAAUCUAAUCCUACAGAGACUGAUGAUGUUGUGAUUUCAACUUCAGAGCCAGAGAUUAAAGAGGUUCGUGAUUCUCCUAUAACAAUAGUGGCAGGGGAACACAGUCGUCUACACAAUGUGGAAGUUGAAACUCAGUUUGAAGAAGGCAAUGAGGAUCUUCAUGAAGAUGUUGACUUUCUGAAAGAGAUAGAUUUUACUGGGACCAGUGAUUAUCUCCCUUCAAGCAUUGAACUCAAUCAUGAUGAUGAUGAAUUAGGUCCAUUUUCGGGGUUUGACAGCCGGUGCUUUAAAAAGGUCAAUGAAGUCGCUCAACCAGCAACCAAGACUGGGGAAGAAGUUAACGCUCUCAAAAUUUUUCUCUCCUCUUCCAAGCAUAUGGCGGUCUCUUCAGGUCAAAGGGAUUUGAUUUCAGAGAUUUCUCCCUCUGAUUCAACUGUUUCUACUUCUGCUCCAUUUUUGAGUGAGUCAACACAGCAACAAACCUCCCAGUCCCCUUUGAAAGGAAGUCAAUCUGAUUCAAGACUGGGAGUGCCCUCUGGUAAAGGCAUAUCUUUCAGGAAAAAACAUCCAGGUGAUGACAAGACUUCAGUGUCACUGCUUCGGGAAGAAAUUGGUAUUCUCAAUCAAGAACUCAUAGAGAAGAGCAUUCUACUAGAACAACACACUUCUUAUAUAGAAGAACUCAAAGAAAGAGAUGAAAUGAAGUCGAAACAGAUUAAGGAUCUACAGAAAAAUCUUGGCUCUAUCACAACUUUUUACUUCAGUUUGAAGAAUAUUCUGUAUGAUGCCUUCGGUGAUAAGGUUAAUGCUUUGUUUCAACAGCCGCACGGAAUUGAAGAUCCUCUUAUGGCUCCCACCCAAUCUACUCGUGAUGACUUUCCAGUUGAUCCACCUCCUCCUAGAACAACUACCAUUGUAAUUCAGUUUGAGAAAGAACCUGAAAACAGUAGACCUCUCAUCACAAUCAAACAAGGGAAGAGAACCGUCACUGCGAGCUAA